AUGAGAGGAGUCGUUGUGAGCAAGUUUGUAGAUAACUACACCGAGCUGCAGGUGGAGGACAUCCCGCCCCCGAAGGCCAAGAAGGAUGAAGUCAUCGUGCAAGUCAAAGCCGCAGGCGUCAACUUCGUCGACACCCUCUACGCCCGCGGCAAGCACCAAAACAACCGCUCCCUGGUCAAACCGCCCUUCACCCUAGGUCUCGAGUUCGCAGGCGUCGUCCUCUCCGCACCGCCUUCCAGCCCCUCCUCCGGCUCCGGCUCCCACCGCUCUUUCAAGCCCGGCGACCGCGUCUUCGGCGGCACCCUCGGCUCCUACGCCGAGCAGGUCGCGGCCCCGACCUCCGGCCUCCGCCCCGUCCCGGACGGCUGGUCCUUCGCCGACGCCGCGGGCCUCGCCGCCACCCUGCCCGUAAGCUACGGCGCGCUGGUCACCCGCGGGCGCCUGGCGCCCGGCGAGACGGUGCUCGUGCUCGGCGCCGCGGGCGGGCUCGGCUGCACGGCCGUGCAGGUCGCCGCGGCGCGGGGCUGCCGCGUCAUCGCCCUGGCCUCGGGCGCCGCCAAGUGCGCCGUCGCGCGGCGGUGCGGCGCGCACGACUGCGUCGACGCGACGACGGCCGCCGCCGGGCCGCGGUGGUGGGAGCGGGUGCUCGAGCUGACCGGGGGUAAGGGCGUGGACGUGGUCUACGACUCCGUGGGCCGGGUGGACGAGAGCCUCAAGUGCGUCGCGCACAGGGGGCGGGUGCUGGUCGUCGGGUUCGCGGCGCGGGACGAGAGCAGCAUCGAGAAGAUUGCCAUGAAUCGGGUGUUGCUGAAGCAGGUUUCGUUGAUCGGUUAUAGAUACGGCGAGUCGCUCAGGAGGGAUCCAGAGGAGAACGCGAGGAUAUGGGAGGAGCUUGCGCCGCUGAUAGACAGCGGUAAGAUCAAACCAAUGGUGUUUGACAAGGCAUACAACGGGCUCGAGUCGGUGCCCGAGGCCCUGAAUGACAUUUCAUCGAGGAAGAUCUGGGGCAAAGCCGUCGUCAACAUCAGUGAAGGCAGCUCCAAGGCGCAUCUGUAA